CUCUCUCUGCCUCUCUUGUCCAUGUCGUGUUUCCCCCCUGGCUGCACAUGGUUACUGUCCAAGGUAUCAUUUUCCUCGUGCUGUAUAUGGGAGAGGCAGAAUGGACAGUUUGCCCAUUACAGUGGGAAAGUAGUAUGUAGCCCGGUUGCGGAUGUGUGUGUGUGUUUUUGUUUUGCAGUCGAAGUUUAUGCACGCUGAAGAUCAAGUCGGGGUUCGCUGCUGAAAGUGCCCGUGGGCUUUGAGGAAUGCAUAUUCACAGAGAGACGGACACAAGACCGAGAGCAAUUAGUGGGUAACUUUUUGAAAAUAUGUUUUUUUUGUAAACGCAAACUUGGGAGUCAGUUGCCUGAACAUUAUAAACAUCCCGCAAGCGAGAACCCAUGCUUAUGGACGUGCGUGUUCACUGUAAGCUACACCAGAUGAAUCGGAUGCUAAACAACUGUCCUGUUACAUUUGGUGUUGGGACUUUUACUUCAGUCAAGAAGAUAUUUUGAAGGAGGACUCCUCUGUUCAUCCUAGGUAUAUUUUACGUCUGAAAAAAGUUGUUUUGAAGUCACAUCAUGAAAGAGAACUUUUGUGGAUAUGAAAAUCAGCUCUUUAAAGAGGAGGAUCUUACAGGAGAAGAGGAAGAAAUGCCCUCUUUUAGAGGAAGGACGCGGGGCGGCUGCGUUAAGUGCCAGCAGGCCCACUCCCUCCAGCUGGCCGUCAAAGUGCUCUACGGCUUUCUCGCCUUCCUUAUCAUAGCGGUCGCCAUCCUGGCGUCAUUAGUAUUUAGAAAGGUUGACUACUUAUCAGAAGAGGAAACAUUUUAUCACAAAAAGAUCAUCAAGGUCCAGGAAAGUAUACAAGAUCUGAGUUCUACAAGCAACUGCUCUGACUGUUUCGAUAUCACCAACUUGGGGGAGGAAAUCACCAGGCUGAAAAAAGAGUUUGAAGAAAUUCAAAAAAUGAUUCUGGGUCAAGAGCAGGCAUUGCACCAAGCCUCCGAAACACAGCAGGGUCUACGCGCCUCCAGCAGCCGAAUGACACGGGACAUUCAGACUUCUUCCAUGGCCAUUAUGCUGAUCAAUCAAUCCUUGGAGAGAUAUUUAGACCAAGUAAAUGGCUGGAAGGUAGUCAUCACCGAAUCCGACGAGGCCAUGAAGUCUGUUGUUCAAGAUCAGUACGACCUGAAAGCUACCGUCCAAACGGUCAACACCACCGUGGCCCUCAAUGCAGUAUGGAUGGACACGCUUCAGAGGAAGGCAGAUGAAGAAACUAUGGUUCUGCAAAAAAUUACAACGGACUGGCAGAGCUACAGCAAGGUGCUGGGAUCUCUAAAGUCCAACUCGAGCAUCACCAGUCAAGCCGUCAGAAGUAUCCAAAGUGGCAUUUCCGCCACACACCAGAGAAUCAGCAUGAGCUCUGAGAUGGUGCACGAUCUCACCCUGCAGGUCAUGAGCUUGCAGAUGCAGCUUGACAACGUGACCUCCUUCAUGGACGAGCACGAAGAGAACAUGCACGACCUCAGGUACCACUCCAAGUACUACGAGAACAGGACGGGCGAAAGAUUUGUGACGCUGGAGGCCAGGAUGAACUCUCUCGAGCUGGAGAUCGACACCAUCUCCUCCAGCAUCAAUGCCACGGUCAACCACGUGCAGAGCAUGUACAAGUACAUCAACAUAGAGAGCUCCUCCUGCCAGUCCCGCCUGGGAAGCCACACGGAGGACCUGUACGGCCUCAACAGCACAGCCGUGCUGCUCCUACACCUCGCCGAGAACCUUCGGCAGCAGUACAUGCUGCUUAGCAUGCGGGUGGACGUUGACGUGAGGAACAUCUCCAUGGUCAUGGAGGAAAUGAAGCUGGUGGACACUCACCAUGCUCAGCUCAUUCAGAACUUCACCAUUUUGAAAGGUGCUCCUGGGCCUCCGGGUCAAAAAGGAAACAGGGGAGAAAGUGGAGCCAAGGGACCUGUUGGCUUGACUGGAAGCAAAGGGGACCGAGGACUUUUGGGGACCCGCGGGACCCAAGGUGAAAAAGGUUUUAUCGGUCCAAAGGGAGCUCCAGGCCCAUCGGGACCCUCCGGGCCUAAAGGCAGCGUGGGCCUUAGAGGAGCCAAGGGAUCUUAUGGGCAGCCAGGUCCUCGGGGGGAAAAAGGUCAGAAAGGUGAUAUGGGAGUUUUGGGUAAGGAUGGAUUGCCUGGCCCCGAAGGGCCAGUGGGAAUACAGGGACAGCCAGGACUCCCAGGAAUACCCGGACUACCUGGACUCAGAGGAAUUCCUGGCCUAGUUGGCCCACCUGGUCCUCCUGGUCCUCCAGGGCUCCCAGGGGAGUCACCUCCAAACCCUUGAACUGGACCACAUCUCCCUUGUCAGAAGCCACAAGGAGCUAGCAUUCGCCUUGCGUGAUGCCCUGCAUCCUCAUUCUUGCACCAGGGAGAAUCGUGGUUGUUUGUAGUGUGGAAUAUCGACUGGAAACAUUCACAUUCAAUCUGUCACACUCACGCCACCUUGUCCUUAACCUUGUCCUUAACAGUUACUCGAACUGGUAACUCCUGACCCUGAGGUAGUAAAUAUGGCUUCCAUUCAGAAGGUUCAAAGGAAAGAAAAAAAUGAUUUCUGUGUUGUAUUUUCAACUGAAAGAAUGUUCAGGACAAACAUUGAGACUAUCGGGUCAUUUUGGGGAAGAAACUAAAUGAACAAGAAACAGAGAAGAUCGAAUACACAAGGCAAGCCAGUUGCAACUUAACUAAAGCCAUGCCUUAUCCUAGCCACUGAAUUGACCCCUGCUAGAUGCUAUGUAAAUAAGUAAUCUGUCACUGCAGUAAAUCAAAGAUUUGAAGAGGCCACGAAGCACAUGCAUGGGUGUUUUAUAAAGGUUUCAGUUUACAGAAACAUUGUGCACUUUUCAAAAAUAAAGGAACCGAUAAAUAUUGGUUUGUUUUUUUUAUUGUUUGUAAGGAUAUCCUUUGACACAUGACUUUGAUGCCAAUUUAGUGCCUAUGACAGUGUGUUCUGUACCCCAGGGUAUAUAUUCCAUUUGAUGUUUUACAAAUGUUUCAGAGCAGGUACUCUGAAUUAAUGAACUAAAUUAGGAAGCUAUUUACAUUUUGACCUCUGAUGGCUCCAGUUGGAUUCAAAGAGAAAUGUAUACCAUGUGGCUCGAAACAGGAUAUCUGGUGUUUAUGAAAUGAAUAAAUAGUACUUUACAGGGUUUGGUACAAAAAGUACCGUGACUAAUCUGUAUUCAGUGACACAGAAUAAACUUCUUAGGAAUAAUAACCAUUUGUUAGCCAAAUAUACAUUAUAGUCAAAUGUUGUUACUUUGGGGUUUGAUUAUUGUGUACUCCAAUACCUGUCAAGUGUAUAUAAUGUUUUCAUGGUUGUUUUGUCUAUAUUUUCAAUUCAUUAGGGUCUCUUUAUAAAACUUCUAAGAAGUGCAUAGCUACAGUAUGGGAACUCAGCCUCAGUCAAAAUGUCAAAGGCCUCUUUGCAAUCAUUAAUAAAAAUCUUUUUGCACUUACUCAAGGAUAUUAUACGAUCGAUCGUUAUAUUUUUUGCAACAAAUCUAGGUGUCAAUAAAAUAUAUAACAAAUACAAAUAGGAAUAAAACGCCAGAAUGAAAUGUGAUGUGGAUGUGUUUCUCUGUAAAGUGCAACUGGUUUGCAUAAUGUUCAAUAAAUUCAGUUAUUCUCAUGUCUGCAUUGUACAUCCAUAAACAGAUAAUGAUCUAGAAUCCGUGCAAAGCACAAAAGUCUUUGGACCUCUGCAUUGUUAUCUAUUAAGUAACUACUUUAUGAAUAAACUGAGGUUAUAGUAAAUACUUUAUAAGAACAUGAAUCAUGGCCAAGGAGCGAGGAUCAUGAUCGGCAAAUCUAUAAACUGUAUUGUGUGAAAUCUUUUAUAUUUAAAAGAAUUCUGGUUUUGAUAGUUUUUUUUAACAUAAAUUGCAGCAGACAAACUACUUCAUCCUGUGUAAAUGUCAAUGUGUCAAUGUUAAUGAUUUAAAUAAACAUAAAUAAAAAUGCUGUAUUAUAGUUAAACAUAA